AUGUCUGCUGAAGUUGAAGCUCCCAGAGCCAUGUCGUCUUUCCCUCGACCUACUUCCCUUUACGUACCGGACAUCCCUCGAUCGGUUCCUAUUCUCGAUACUACGUCUUACUCUCCUUUCCCCACCUUUCCAGGUACAACUAGAAAUCGAGAUCCCUACGGCUUGAAUGCUUUCCUUCUCCAUCCUGACGAUACCCUGUGGCAUUAUGUCGAUCCUAUGCCUGAUGACAACGGAUCAAAUGGGAUACCUAUAGCACAACGGUCAACCAGUAUGGAAGGCGAGACAUCUUCUCCGCCGUCGAGGACCAAAAGCGUUAGGAAACAAAGGUCUCUUAGCAUGAUAAGAAAACCUUCUCCUCUAUCACAACCGCCGGUCAGCGGUGGCGAGGAAGACAUGCUCAAUGUGAAUCCGGUGACAUUGCAAAGAAGGAGAAGUAGCAGUCUUUCAUCGAGUCCCAGACUUUCCGUCGAGCAAGCAGAAGCUGUAAUUGCGAUAUUCCGAGAAGAGAUAUCUUAUUCUAAGACUCCUAAAACUGGCAAGAAAUCCCUCAAACGAGUUUUCACAAAGGCUCGAAAGUCAGUCUUUGGUAUUAAUGAUUCGGCUGCGCCACCUCCAGUACCAGCUCUUCACGAAAGUCCUAUGCUCCUCGCUCCUGCAAGCUCAGCUCCUCUGACAGAUUCGGUAGACCCAUCCACCCCCAUGACAUCGAGAUCCAACUCAAACUACAGCACACUCAGCUCUGCGAGCUCAACAAGUAGUUCAGAAGGGGUCAAGACUCCCGGAGAAAACGUGUCACUCGAUGUUGCUCUUACCGGGUCGAAGCUGGUGAACGCGUUACAGGAAGCUGGAGAGAAAGACAAAAAGAACAAAGGGAAGAACUGGAGAGGUUGGCUCGGAGGAAAGAAAAAUGGUAAAUUGUCAGCCAAAGAUUCUGAUGAAUCCGGUUCAGUUACCCCUCUCUCGGAUCUAUCGGCGGGAUCGACUCCCAACUCUAGUACUCCUGACUUGUUGUCCACCGCCAUACCGAAAGUCACCCUCACCCCUUCUCCCGCUAUCACUACUCCGCCUCGAGGACUCACACCUGUACUCACUCCUUCCGAUCAAUUCGCUCGACAACACUCGUGGGCUUCCGAACAACUACGCCGGGUGUCCAUGCGAAAGCUCUCUCAACUCCGCUCACCUUCGCCUCAUCCUCUUGCCCUUUCUCUUCGAAGGCAGAACAGUAGACUUCCGGACGAAGUUGCUUUUUCGAUUCGAUCAGACCAACGUGUCUUCCCUAUGAGCGUUAAUUCUCACCAAGGUUGUGGGGGUGACCUUUUACCUGCUCAAGGUGGUUUAUGGUUGAAUCUUGCUAUUUCAAAUGUCAUGCAGAAGCUUGAUCAAGGUCAACAGCCCGUUGGAAUCUUAAAAACCAGGAGGAACUCGAAGAAAUCAAUCGUACCUAGACCAAGAGGUGUAUACGAUUUCAUAAAUCGAGCACCAUUUGAGGAGCGGAAUAUCGUGUUUUAUCCAGAUAACGUAUUCUCACCUAUAUCGAUGGCGAGACCAGGAUAUGGUGUAUGGGAUUUAGAUUUCUCUUCUUACAUCCUCGGUUUGGCAGAGAUGUACGAACCUUCAACUUCGUCUUGGCCAGCUUUCCCUAGGACAUCAAUGGAAAAUCCAAGUUUACCAGCGGAAUUCAUCGAUGCUAUGAAAUCUUUAGAAAACAAGUCUAAUGAAGAAUCUUUGGAGGCACUCAACAGUCCUGAUUAUAGGGAAAUCACUCAAGAUGCAUCAGCAGCUUUGAAGACUCUUACAGCUAAUUCACCGUCGACGUCCUCCACACCUUCAGUAUCGCCUACUGGAUCGCCCAAGAGGGAAAGACCACUAUCGUCUUUCAGACCUGCAGGCAGACAUUCUCGUGUUAGAGAUGAAGAUGAAGCAUCCUCUGAAGAAUCAGAAGAUGAAAGUGAUGAAGAUGAUCGACCAUUGGCUGUAGUAGCUAAAAGAAGGUCACAAUCUUUCCAAUCGCAAUACCAUGGUACCACAUCCGACCAACUUCGACCUGCUCACAUUCACGCCCGAUCACUUUCUCAGCCAGCUAACAAAAGGUCAUCCAAAAGGCUAUCAAUGACGAUAGAAGCAGAAAUCAAGUGGCGAGAAAAUCAGAAUCAAACUGCUAUGGAUACAGUCGCUCGAGCUCGGGAAUUGAGAGCUCAAAACGCUGCUGGUCACAUGGAACGACAAGCGGAUAAAGAAAAGAUUAAACAGCAAGAAGCUUCAAGAAGAUCAUCAAUGAUGGACUUGAGGGAUCAUCAACUUGUCGCUACCUCCUCUUCAUCCCCCAAACAUAAGCGAAACUCUUCUGCUUCUAUGGGACCAGAAAGACCUUCAAGCGUACAUAUCGCAGCUGCAUUCCCUACUGCACCCCAUCAAGAUUCAAGACGUAGAGUGCAAUCUCACGCACGACCCAAUCACCUUUCACCCAUCAGACCUGAAAAUACUCGAGCUAAAUCAGGACCGGCACGUUUGACAGGUGAAAAGAGAAGAUAUCAUUCAUUUUAUGAACAGAAAGCAUCUUCCCUUUCCACUCUCUCGUUUAAUGAGUCAUCAAGAUCAGCACCUCAUCCUAAUUCACAACAUCAGCAUCAAAAUCAACCCCAUCAGCAUUUCGUACAUCAACAUCAACAAAUGGUGUUACCUCCUCAUCACAAUCUACCUAUGCCGAUGCAAAUGCAAAUGCAGAUGCAGGGUUUCCCUCAAUUCCAAAACCAGCACCCAAGAGGUUCAAUGUACGGCAUGAACGUGUAUCCUCAAAUGCACAUGCUCGCAGCCAACCAAGGUCAAGGUCAAUUAAGAUUUCCUACGAUGAACGGACAAAACAGAACGAGAAUGGCUUGA